CAUCGUUCGAUCCGCGACUGAAAGACUGACGACUUAACCCAGUCGGACCGAGACACAGCUAGUGUAAUAUCUUCUGUAUCCUGAAAAAUGGCAUGGUUAUGCGCUCGUACCGUGCUCCAAACAUGUCGACGGCGGAUCUCUUAUAGCCUCGCGUGCUCCCAAAAGAAAGAAUUUGCCGAUCCGCUUGAUCAUGCCACAGGUUUGGAGAAGAGAGAAAUGCUCGCCUAUUUAGCCGGUAACGAAGAUCCAUAUAAUAUGACCAUAAAACGGCGAGCAAUCAGCACAAAGGAAGAUCCCAAUAUAGUAUAUAGUGCAUUUGAAAGUCGCAUAAUGGGCUGCAUCUGUGAUGAAGAUUCAUUACAUGUAAACUGGAUGUGGUUGCAUCAAGGUCCUCCACGUCGUUGUGAAUGCGGCCACUGGUUCAAAUUGGUCGAGAAGGCACCUAUAUAAUAUACUUAAGGAUGUGCGAAAUAGUGGAUUGUUUUCAACAUAGAAUUAAUGUUACGUUAGACAGUAAUUAUGUCUAUUUCAUUUACUACCAUGUCCUGCCUCCAUCCUAUUGAAAAAAUUAAAUGGCACUUAUUGUAUGGAAAUCGCAGAAAUAAAUAUAUUGUAAAUAUUA